AUGGUCAAGAAGCAACAGCUUGCUGUUGGCGGCUUCACUUGUAUUCUCAGUAGCAGCAGCAAGAGUUUUAAUAAGCAGCAGUACAAUGCUGCAUGUCCUAGUGUUGCUUCUGCUAUUAGUCCAGUGUUGCCGCGCCAUCCGUCCUCUUCCUCCUCUGCAUGGCAAUGGCCAUGGACAUCCUGCGGCAUGCACCCAAGAACGCUCUCGUUCCGCCAGCAGCCAGAGCAAGGGGAGACUACUGGGCAUGGCCGUCACCACCAUGACAGUCACAGUGAUGACAAGUACAACGGCGUCAGGGUGGCGAAGCAGCAGGAGGAGGGGGAGAAGGCUGCUUAUCACAAGACCUGGAACUCGGUCUCCUCCGGCGACUUCAGCUUCACGUCCACAGCGUCGUCUGACGCGGAGGCUGUCAUCAUCCAGGCUCUGCGCUCGGACCGCCUCUUGUACGAGCCUGCAGAUCAUAUGGACGACCACGACGACGCCUCCUGCUGCAGGCUUAUCAAGCAGCCGCCGCACAACAAGCAGUCCAUCAGCAGGCAGAAGCAGGCCGCCGUGGGCGACGACGAGCCGCAGCUGGACACCAGCAGCAUCGUUUUGAGCAGCGGCAGCGGCAAGGCUAAUAAGGCACCAGUAUUAGACUUAGUAACGACGGCGGAGGCCUUGGCGACGUUCUGUGGCGCGACGGCCAUGUCUGUGGAGUCGCACAACCCCUACCGCGACUUCAGGGACUCGAUGCAGGCUAUGGUGAUGAGCCAGCAAGGCACCACUAAGGACUGGCGCUGGCUUGAGGACAUGCUGGGCUGGUACCUGAGAGCCAACGGCAAGACGACCCACGCCCUCAUCGUCGCCGCCUUUGUCGACCUGAUUGUGGCGCUCGCCAUCUCGCCUCCGGCUGCAGAAGAUUAUAAUUACUCCUCCUCUUCUUCUUCGUCGUCCUUGUGUCUGCUGGCUACCCCUCCUGCCAGUGCUAGUGCAACCAACUGCUCUGCUGCUUCAUCGUCCUCAUCCAUUGAUGAUUGCUCUUGCUGA